CUGUCUGGACAACGUGCCUGCAUUCACGUGGGACUGGGCUGAACAGGAACGUGAAAGAAAGACUAGAGAAUAAAAGAUUUGGAUCAUACUGUCAGCUUCUUGUCCCGUGGAGCAGGUUUGAAGAAGAGAGAAGAUGUUCCUGCCCCAGAGAUCUCUGCAAGUGGUUACACUAUUGGCAGUUCUUUCUUUUACCUGUUUUGCAACAUGUCAAGACACUGCAAAUAAACGAGCAGUGACCGAGCACCAGCUCAUGCAUGACAAAGGGAGGGAGUUUCAAGGGCUGAAGCGCCUGAUGUGGCUCCACAAUGCCCUGGGCAGCGUGCACACAGCCAGCAGCAGGGAUAUUUCCCUUUCAAAUGCCAUGUGGGAUUCACCAAAGAGCCAAGAUCCCUCAGAUCUCUACAACAGCAUCAACAGGGACAAGACUUCAAGCCGGAUGAAGCAGCUGCUGGAGCUGAUGGAAAAAGAGCAGGGCUUCCCCCCGUUAAAGCAGCUGGAUUUGCUGCAGUCUAUGAAGAGCCCAAAGGGUAACUGGAACCUGCAAGAGCUUUCCGACCUCCUUCCAGUCAAAGAGCUGGGCGGCGGGAGAGAUCCUGGCAGCCAGGCACAGAACUAUUCCCACUAGCCUCAAUCCUCAGUCUCUCCAUCCCUUCAGACGUGUGAUGGUGUAGGGAAAGGCUCUGGCAUAAAGGUGAAUUGCAGAAGAGAAAUAAGAUCCAUGUGUUCCCCUAAGGACCCCGUGAUGUUGAGCAGAGACCCUCACAACCACUCAGGUUCCCUCCCUCGCAGGCUGUCCAAGCACUGGGACUGUGAUGGGUUGUCAUGGACCCGAAAUGUCUCCUUCAUGGCAGGGCCCUCCCUGAUUCCUGUGGCCGCUCUCUGGAGCUCUCGCAGCCCACACACAGCAGGAUGUUGGGGUCAUUCAGCUGCGUGUUCACCGGCUCUCUUACAGUCUGAUGUUCUGAGCCCUGAAGCAGCAGUUGCCCCCUCACA